AUGAAUCUCCUGACAGCACUCGCUCUUAUUUUCCUAUGCACUGUCGUUGUAGUGCGGGCGGCGCGUCGUGGUGGGAUGCGGCUGCCUUUCCCUCCGGGACCUCCUGCGGACCCCCUCAUUGGACAUCUGAGGAUUAUGCCGGGAAUAGCCGUCUCCGCAGAGGUCUUCCACGACUGGGCAAAACAGCACGGCGAUGUUAUGUCGCUAAACGUUCUCGGGAGGCGUCUAUUGAUCCUAAGCAGCGAAGAGGCGGCUACAGAUCUGCUUGACAAGCGCGGCUUGAAGUAUGCUGACCGUCCAAGCUUUCCCAUGUAUGAAAGAAUCGGCUGGAAAGAUGCGCUCCCGUUCCUGUCAUAUGGACAAUACUUCAAAAAAACGCGCAAGAUGCUUCACACGCUAUUGGAAAGAGAAAAGGUGUCAGCGUUCAGGCCUAUCGAAGAGCAAGAAGCAUGCGUUAUGCUCUAUAACUUCCUCAAUGAUCCUGCGGGAAUGGAGCGCCAUGUUCUCCGCUAUUCGACUGCAAUUACCAUGGAGAUAGCCUACGGCCAUCGCAUACUGUCAAACGACGACGAACACCUCAAGGCUGCCGAAAGGAUUCUCGAUAUCUUGCUCGAAGCUAGCCAGCCCUCACUGCUAGACGUUUCCCCUUUAUUUGAAAACUUGCCUGCCUGGUUCCCAGGUGCUUGGUUUGUGAAGUACAUACAAGAGAUAAAACCUAGGGUCUUGCAUGACAUUCAACACCCUGUAUCUGUGACGCCGCUGUUUCAGGCUGCUGGCACCGCUAAGCAGUCAUUUGUGUCACAACAACUAGAAGAUCUCCAAAGGGAAGAUCAACUUACACCGGAGAGCCUCUACGAUCUGACCACGGUAGCGAACCAGAUAUUCGGAGGCGGAUCUGAGACAAGUUGGCACACCAUAACGACGUUCAUUGCGUGCAUGCUCACGAACCCCGACGUCCAACGUAAAGCCCAAGAAGAGCUCGACAGAGUGGUCGGAGACGGCCGUCUUCCUGACUUUACCGACCGAGACUCACUUCCAUACGUUGAGUGCGUUGUCAAGGAGACUAUGAGGUGGCACCCGGUGGCCCCACUUGGCAUACCUCAUAAGGCAACAGAGGACGACGAAUACCGUGGCAUGUCCAUCCCAAAGGGCGCUACUGUCAUAGCCAACUCCAGGAGCAUCACCUGGGAUGAGCACAAAUUCCACGACCCUCUGGCUUUCAAACCAGAGCGAUUUUUGCCCAAACCUGUAGGCGCAGGAGAGGUGCUCCCGCAAGGCGGCGUUUUUGGGUGGGGCCGACGGGUCUGCCCUGGCCGCCACCUUGCGGACAACAUGGUGUGGAUUGGUAUAGUCAGAAUCUUGGCUGUAUUCGACAUCGGAAAGGCCAAGGACGCCGACGGAAAUGUCGUUGAGCCUCAGAUCGAGUUCACGACGUCAAUUACAAGUCAUCCCAAGCCCUUCUCUUGCGAUUUGCGGCCGCGCUCGGCGAAGGCGACCGAGCUCAUCCGGCAGGCGUACGAUCUGCACAUGGUCAAUGCCGCAGCUUAG